UAUACAAGUCUCAAAAGGCAAAAUCCAAAGCUCCAUAAUUCCCUGCAGAUUUUUAUCAGUGCUGUUUUUUUCUUUCUUCAUCCAUGGCUUGGUGAGUUUAUCAGCUUGGUGGUACUGUUACUUGAUGGCUUCUUCUUCAGUAUCGAGCUGCUUCCAUUGUUACUCUGCGUCUAAGCACUGGAAUUCCACCACAACCACCCGCUUUGCCUUAUCUUUUUCUCACUAUAUUCCGCAUCAGUACUGUGGAGUUCCUCUUCACAGACGUUGUUCUAGCUCGAGAACAUGGGCCAAGCUUGAGAAAUUCCAAAGUGAUUCUCCUCAGGACAACCCUGAAGAGAGUAGCGCAUCGUCUUCUUCAUACGUUCAGCAAGUGGAAGAAGAAGAGGAAGAAGAUGAUAGUUGCUUGCCUUCGGAUUUGGAGGGUGCUGUCAGGCAGUCAAGUCAAGCGAGUGCCACAUUCGUUUCUUCAGGAGGAAUGAGAGCCAUAGUCGAGCUCUUAAUCCCCCAGCUGCGGUUUCUAGACGAUGAAGGUGCACAAGCUGAACUGUGGGAACUCUCUAGAAUUUUUUUGGAUACUCUCAUUGAACAAACAGGAUGUCAGAGGGUUAAAGCUAUAUUUCCAGAUGCUGGUGCUGCUGCCCUUCUGAAAUAUAAGUGGAAAGAUGCUCCUUUUGCUUUCUCCAGUUUAAGUGAUCGGAAACCUGUGAAGAAUGAAGAUGAAAUUGUUGUCAUGGUUGUUCCUGAUUAUCAGAUGUUGGAAUAUGUAGAGAGAAUUGCAUCUGCCCUCUCAGACGAUCCGCCAAGGCCUCUCAUCAUGUGGAAUCCACGUCUUGUAAGCGAGGAUGUUGGAGUCGGGUUUAAUGUUCGCAAGUUAAGACGUUACUUCCUGAGUUCUUUCACUACGGUUUACUCAAUGAGACCUCUGCCAUCUGGUGCUGUCUUUAGGUGUUAUCCGGGUUCAUGGAAGGUGUUCUAUGAUGACAAAGAAAGACCAAACAGGUACUUACUUGCCAAAGAGCUCAUUAGCCGUCCCGACGCCGAAGAUCUUGAGAUAAUAUUUGGAAGCGUAGAAGAGAAGUCGGAGCAGGGCCCGUCUUUGCUCAGUCAAGCAGCAGGAAUUUUCUCUUCACUGGACAGAUUCAUGAAAGCCAUUUCAAGAUAAUACUCUUUUGUAUCACUUUUUGGAGUCUAACUGGGGCUGAUCAUUAUAUAUAUAUAUAUGAACUGUUGUAAUUUUUUGGCAUGGAGAAGAUGAAAUGAUUUAUAAAAACAAUCAGCAUAUACAUUAUGGUUGAUUGGUUAUAAGUUAUUAGUGUGAAAGUGUUAUCUAAUUAUAAAAAUGUAUCAACCUUCAUUCAAAAAGAAAUUGACAAUUAAUUUCAUUAGUAUAACUCUUUUUUACAGUUUCUUUUUUUUUUUUUUUGGAGCACAGAUGAUGUAACUAAAGCCAUGUACAGGCAUGAGUAAAGCCUUUAAUUUAGGUA